AUGUCUAUUUCAUUAGAUAAUAUUUAUGAAAUAUAUGAAAAGGGUUGUAAACAUAAUGACCAUGGUAACUUAAAAAUGGCUAGUGUCUUCAUCAAAGAGGCCAUAAAAGCAUGUGAAUCGUUAAUAGACAAUUCUAAAAAUAGUAAAGAUAGAAAUAAUGCUGUACAGGCACUUAAAGUUAUGAAAGAUCAUGAAAAAAGUAUUGAUGAAUUGGAGAGAAAAAUUGAUGAUAUUGGAAAAUUAAUAAGAUGCCAAUCAAGUUUAGAACCAACACCAUCUGACCCAUUACCUCAACAAAAAAAUACAAAAAUAACACCAAUCCAAGGUAAAGGAAUUAAGUCAAGAAUUAAUGCACGUGGAGGUACUAAUUUAUCUUCAUCUACCACAGGAUCAUCACCAUCAAGUAAAAAAAAUACACCAACAGGAGGAAAAGGUACUAAUAAAACACCUGUAUCAAGAGAAACAAAAGCAAAAGCAGCUAGUAAUGUGGCAUCUUCUUAUGAUGCUGUUAAUAAGUUUGAUGAUGGAAAUUCAAAUAGUAAGGAUGAUAAUGAUGAUCAAAAUGAACCAAGUGAAUUUGUAUCACUUCAAUCACCAGAACUUGUUGAAUGUGUCAAAACAAGUAUUAAAGAUGAAAAUCCAAAUGUUCAAUGGGAUGAUAUAGUUGGGUUAGAUCAAUUAAAAACUUCAUUAAGACAUUCAAUUGUUGUUUCGAAAAUAUUACCACAACUUUUUGUUGGUAUUCGAAGACCAACAAGAACAUUUUUAUUAUAUGGUCCACCAGGUACUGGGAAAACAUUAAUCGCAAAGGCUGUUGCUACUGAAUGCCAAUAUAAAUUUUUUUGUGUAACACCAUCAGUUAUAUCUUCUAAAUGGAGAGGUGAUUCUGAAAAAUUAAUAAGAGUUCUUUUUGAUACAGCAAAAUCAUAUUCACCCUCUAUAUUAUUUUUUGAUGAAAUUGAUUCUAUUACAUUAAGAAGAGGUAAAAAUGCUGAACAUGAAGCUACUAGAAGAACUAUAUGUGAAUUUUUAGUACAAUUUGAAGAAAUUUCAAAAAGUGAAGAAACUAAAGUAUAUGUUUUAGCAGCAACAAAUCGUCCCUGGGAUAUUGAUGAAGCUGUUUUAAGAAGAUUUGAGGCUAAAUUUUAUGUUCCUUUACCAGAUGAAGCAUCAAGAUCAGUAAUAGUUAAAAAUGCAAUGAGAGAAAUUCAUUUAUCGGAUGAAUUUUCUUUUGAUAAUGUUGCAAAAAAAUUAGAAGGUUAUUCAGCAUCAGAUAUUGUAAAUAUUUGUAAGACAGCUGCAAUGAUACCAGUAAGUGAAUUUUUAAAAUCAAUCUCAAUAUCAGAUAUGGCAUCACUUCAAGAUGAAGGAUGA